UUAAGCUAAAUAAGCGGCUCGGAGGGACCAGUCGCUCGUUUUCCUGCAUCCCUACGCAUCUAUAGAAUCUGUUUCUGUUAAUAUUCGUCGAAAUGAAGCUAAUCCUCGUUGCUUUCGUCUCAUGCCUCGUGUUUGGCUUCGUUGCACCAAAGUGUGACAAUUGCUCACUCAGCGUGGCUGAAAAUAUCUGCUUGGAAAUACUUCAAACGGGACGUUCAACAAUAUCGCUACCACGACAAGGUUUAUCCCGCGCCGAAGGUCACAAACGAUUCUGCAGAGAGAUGGAGCACUUGAAACGUUGCAUGCUGCAGAAUCUCGGAGGAAAAGGAUGCGAAGCUGAGCUUGGUAAUGUUUUUCAAGCCGCCGAGCAGCAGGCAGAAGAAGACUUUGGAAUAUCGAAGUGCGACAACAGCAACGGUGCUCAACCCGUGACCACUCCUGAAAGGAUCGGAAAGCCCCUCAUAGAGUCUACGGUAAAGCUGGAAUAUAUGGAAGGUAUAAGUAUGGGAGAUAAAAUUGUUCAAUGGCUUGUGGAUCCUGCCGCCUUCCAUCGUCUAGUUUGCACAGGGUGGGAAAAAAUCAUCGUUAAACCACAGUGUGACAAGGGCUCGCUGGCCCAAACUCUUGGAAUUUGCAUGGGAAUACUUACGGGACCUUCAACUCGGCCUCCAGUCUUAUCCCUCGCCGAAGGUCACAAGCAAUCCUGCAGAUACCUGGAACACUUGAAACGUUGCAUGCCGGAGCAACUCGAAGGAAGAGGAUGCGAAGAUGAGCUUGGUGUAUUUUUUGAAGAAGCCGAGAUGAAGGCAAAAAAAGACGUUGGAACAUCGAAGUGCGACAACAGCAACGGUGCUCAACGCGUGACGCAUCCUGCGUGGCUCCCGGUAGCACUGGUCUCCGUAGCGUCUGCGAUAAAGAUCGCAACAUUUUAGAAGGGACAUGGUCAACGUCUUAUGGGUUCUGCUGCCUUCCAUCGUCCAGUUUGUGCAGGGUGUGAUUAAAGUAUCUUUUAAAAAGUAUCUGAGCUACAGUUGCGGGUAAACGGACUAAAGGGUCUCUGAAUUACAGCUACAGAUGCCCGUAGGAACAAAUGCAAUGGUAUGUUUCCGAGAAUACUUCCAAGACUGCACUCGGAACGUUUACAGUUACCCUUUCCAUGAAUUUGAUUUGGUUGAUUUUCUCAGCUGUUGUCAGUCGCAUUACGGUUAAUAAAGCUUGGACCACAUGA